GGAAGGGAUAUUUUGUUCUUUUUGGUGGUCCUAGUCUGAGGAGAAGAUAUUGCAACCAUGAAUGUAGAAGAAGAGGUUCAAAGGUUAAGGGAAGAAAUCAUAAGGCUUGGCAAUGCCCAAACAGAUGGUUCUUACAAGGUUACAUUUGGAACACUGUUUAAUGAUGAUCAAUGCGCAAAUAUAUUUGAAGCACUUGUUGGGACAUUAAGAGCAGCGAAAAAGCGUAAAGUAGUGACAUAUGAUGGUGAGCUACUGCUUCAAGGUGUCCAUGAUAAUGUGGAAAUCACUCUUAAUCCUUCACCUGCUGCUGCUUGAACCACAAACUUGUUUUUUAUGGCUGUUAUAUUACUAUUUUACUUGAUUGCGUAAUACGUGCUUGCGUUGAGACGACUUCAGAUAUGUAUCUCCUCGGAUUACCAUUCGGUUUGAGGUAAAUUAUUAAGUAUGUAUCAAAUGCUAACACCAACACAUGUGGGUAGUGUCUUUUUAUGCAAU